AUGGCAACUGAAUCAUUGAGUGUCGCAACGACACAGGCCGAUGAGGAUGAGGUGACAACGGCGGAAAAUACGAUUGAUUCGACGUGUGUCGGUCAGCGCACUUCUGAUGAACAUGCCGAUGAACAAGGCUACAAUCGGCACUUCAAAAAGAACGCCAAUACGACCAGCAGUGGCAACAGCCGUUCACCAGCACAGAGUCGCAACGUCGGUUCUCGUGGAUCGCGUGUAAGACAGUACCAGUCAAGAGGAGGGAUGUUCAAUUCUGGACGUUUUGCUCAGACUUCACCACCCUACAUGGGCAGAAUGUAUGGUAUGGCGACGCCCAUGGGCGUGCAAAUGUCUGUCGUCCCACCAUUCCCGGGCGAAUAUUUUGAACCACAGGGAAGCAUGUUUUCUCCUCGUUUCCGUUUUCCACCUCCGUCGCCACUCCGCAACUACAAUGGUCGGAACGGUCCGGAAAGUGGUGGUGUGAGACGUCGGGCGAAAAGUCCUAAUUCUUCGAUGCCGUCCAGCUGCGAGAAUUCAAGUCCGCAGCAAAAUCGUGAAAUGGCCGGAGACCGAGGACGUGAAAGACGAGUAAGGGAGUGUCGCGAGAAUCGAGACGAACAGAAGAGCGCACCGAAGGAAUCGUCGGAAGAGUCGUUGCAAAUGUCUCCUCCUACAAAAACUGAUUCAUCUCGUCGUGAUCACCAGAAAUUCUCUGCGGCCACACCUACGAACGAUCCUCGUUCAUCAGCACCACUUCGCAGUCUUCGUACUGAGUCCGGUCGUGUUACAUAUCCGCUGAUCUACGUUUCACCGGCUGGCUCAAUCUCCGUCAUACUCGCUCAUGCCAUCAUCAUCGAAAUGUCUAUUGAUCGCUGUGUUCGCGUCGUAUGUCACGACAAAUUUGCUGCUUUUAUCAAUGGUCGCGGAACCGCAUCUUGUAUCCUGCAUAAGAAAGCGAGAAUGCUUCACACUCGUGAUAUGGUGUAUACGAAAUUCUGUGGGUUUCCUUAA